AUGGCCACUAAUUCGCCUGUCUUCUACGUGAAGGGAGAGGCAAUCCCGUUUUGCAAAACUCUAGGUCUAAGGGCACAAAUGUAUGCUGUGGAGAGACUAGGAAGCUAUAUCACUCGAGGAGUUACCACAGUCUCUGGACCAUUUCACCCUUUCGGCGGGGCUGUGGAUAUAAUUGUAGUGGAACAGCCUGAUGGGAGCUUCAAGUCAUCUCCUUGGUAUGUCCGGUUUGGUAAAUUUCAAGGGGUUUUAAAGGCGAGAGAGAAAGUGGUUACUGUUACUGUGAAUGGCGUUCUAGCAGAUUUCCACAUGUAUCUUGAUAGGAGAGGGGAAGCUUUUUUUCUCAGAGAGGUAGAAGGAGAGGAAGGGGAACCUGUUUUGUAUCCUUCCUACUCUAGCGACGAGACAGAUGGGCAAUUUCAGAAAAAUCGGAGGUCAAUGAAGUCCAAAAGUUGCAAUUACGAUUCCCAUCAGUUGAAUUCAGGUGACCAGCUUGAUGGAACCAAUGGGAGUAUCGUGGCUAGGACCAAUUCCCGCCGUUCGAGGAUAUUAGGGAUUGUUUUUGGACGUAAAUCAGUGGACGAUAGUUACCGAGAGGAAGAUGAUGGUGCUGUGGUAAGGAUAAGUUCACUGGAGCGUGCUGAGCUUGCAGCUGACCUGUUGGAGAUGAAGUGGUCUACUAAUCUCGACCCCAGUAAGCCCAGGAAAGGUAACGCUUCAGAUUUUUCUGCUUCAGAUGUAUUGGAGGGUAAUGGAGACAAAGAUAUGCCCACUAUUGACGACAAGAGCCAGGAGGGGUCAUUUUUGCAUGAUGCCAUUGAAACCAGUGCUGACCGCUGUAUGUCGGCUGAGAAAACUGUUUCAUGUAACGUGGAGAUGGGCAACGACUCGCAAUCUGACUUCAUGAGCCUCGAGCGUUCCGUUGAGGAAGCUAGUGUAGAAAUGUUAACUUUAGGUAGCAUGGAUCAAAUUGCUGAAACUUCCACAAUGGCUGAAAGUGUUUUGGGUGAAAAGCUUGGGGUAGUAACUGGAAUAUCAAGAGCCAUUGAUGAGCCUAAUUCCCAAAAUGCUGAUCCUGAUGAUACUGCUAAGAGUUUAAUCGCUGUGGUCUCCGCUCCUGAGUCAAAAAUUUCAGAUGUGCUUGAAGCAUGCGCAGGCGAGAAUUUGGGCGACCAACAGUCUUGUGACGAAAAAGAUGCUUCUUUACCAUAUCAUGCCACUUCCAAGGAGGAGAGUGGAUCCAGAGCUCAAUCCUUCAUUUAUUGUGAGACAUCAGAGUGCUCAAUAUUGAGGCUGAAUGGUUCAACUGAACAAACUCAUGAAGCAUUGUACCUUGCUGGUGGAGGACCCAGGGAAGUACACUGUUCUGCCGAAAACUUGCAGUUGACAGCUGAGCCACUACCUGAGGCUUGUGAGCCCAAGAGUGCCAUGAAGCUUGAGCCAAGCUUGUGCUCAUGCAUUUCUUUGCCGAGCUCAGUCCGAACACCACAAGUGUUUUCCUUGGCUCAACUCAACCGCGACACACUCGAGCAGCAACCUGAGGCCAUUGAGUUGGAGACUGAACAUGUUGAUGCUAGCAACAGUUCUAAUCAAACAAAUCCAUUUUCUUGCAUGCAUAUCCAUGAUAAGGUGAACCUUGAAGUCGAUACUCAAAUGGUUGGGGUUGAAUCUAUGCUUGGUUCGGCUGAAGAAGUGGAGUCAAUGAGCAUUGGUACCAUUUUGAGUUUUAGGAACACAGGUCAAAAAAUGCAAGAUGUGAAAAAUAUUGGCAAGGAAAUUAUCAGGAAUGAGCUCAAACCUGCAGUGGAUUCUUUUGGGGGUUCAGAGCACUUUCAUGAUAGUUGUGGUCCAACAAAAAUAGCUAUUGUUCCAGCCUUGGAGAGUUCAGAGGAAGAACAAUUCAUUUUCAGUGAUCUUGAUGAAUUCAAACUCAGCAAGACUCAGUGUGAGUUGAAUUUUCCUGGUGAAAAAGAUGAAAAAAAUUAUUCCUCAUUUUGUUUGGAAAGCAAUGAAGAAAUGAAUGGGUCUUUCGAUACAAGUGAUGCUUCUUGUUCAUCUCGGGACAAGUUUGUUCGAGAGAGUCAACUGGCUGAUCUUGAAACCACGAAAGAAAAUUCAAAUGUAACAUCAAGUCCUAUUGGCAUUCCCAAAGUUAAUAGUUUUAAAGAUGCUGAAGUGUCAAGGCUGGUAGAGUCAUUACCCAACAUGAGGUCUUGUAUUGACAAUCUGGAUGCAAAUGAUCUCAAUUUUCCUUUAAGCCAUUCGCUAGACUCCAUUUCCAAAUCCUUGGAGCAGACAUCAAGUAGUACAGAUGAGUCACAGUGUGUAAAGUUAGAUAUGGACAAUGAAAUCCAAUCAGCGAAGGAGCAUUCUAAUAUUGAAGGUAUUCUCAAUUCAGAAGAUCUUGAAAAUGCAGUUUCCAGUUCUGCUUUUGAGGCAUUUAAGGUUCCAUAUGCAGCAAUCUAUAGAGUUAUAUGCAUUGUGUUUUAUGCAGAGCUAUUUCUUUGCAAACACUUGUUAUAUAAACGGGUGGGGGCUGAAGCUGCUUCUCCAGCAUUUGAUGCUGAAAAGCUGGCAAUAGAAAAAUUUACUUCUAUGGGUCCUGCAGCUACGAAGGAUGUUAGAGUUUGUAGUCUGUACUUUCCACGGGAUGGUGCUACUCCCGUUGUUCUAUUUGGUACUGAAAACAUAUAUGAAUGA